AUGCGGCUGAUCCCAGCGCCCAGGAGUCACAAAAAUGAGAGGCUGGGGUUCCCCUUCCUUCUGCGUUUGACAGGUGAUACGCUCAUAGUUGAAGAGGAUACGUCCAAACCCAAGACGGAGUUGCCUGUAGUUGCGAAAAGAACGAUGUCCGGCUCGGUCAGGGAAGCCGUGCCUGUGCUUGCCAGGAGGGUUGUUCCGGCAGAUAACUCCUGCCUCUUCACCAGCGUGUACUACGUGGUGGAGGGAGGCGUUUAUGACCCGGGCUGCGCUCCAGAGAUGCGCAGCCUUAUAGCCCAGAUAGUAGCAAGUGAUCCUGAAUCCUACUGUGAGGCAGUUCUAGGGAAGACUAACAGGGAGUAUUGUGACUGGAUCAGAAGGGAAGAGACUUGGGGAGGAGCCAUCGAAGUGUCCAUUCUAUCCAAAUUCUACCAGUGCGAAAUCUGCGUGGUGGACACGCAGACAGUCAGAAUCGACCGUUUUGGGGAAGACGCCGGCUACAGUAAGCGGGUCCUUUUAAUUUACGAUGGGAUUCAUUACGAUCCGCUCGAGCGCAAAAUCCCCGACUCGGACAUUCCUCCCCAGACCAUUUUCUCCACAACUGAUGAUAUUGUUCUCGCGCAAGCAUUGGAGUUGGCAGACGAAGCCAGACGGAAGAGGCAGUUUACCGAUGUGAACCGCUUUACGCUGAGGUGCAUGGUGUGCCAGAAGGGACUCACUGGACAAGUGGAAGCCAGAGAACACGCCAAGGAGACCGGACACACCAACUUCGGAGAAGUGUGACAUCUACAUGAGGAUGGUUACAUCGACUACCUCACCGAUCCAGAAUAAAAUUCUGGAUUUCCAGAUAAGCUGUAUGUAAUCAUAAAAUUCCGUUCACAAAGCUUGAAAAGCAUAUUAACUUAAUGACGGCCAAGACGCACAGGUUUGCUACGGUUAGUGACUUUUCCAGUGGAUUUGAAGUAGGUAUCUUCUCGCAUGCUGAUUUAUAGUACUUUGGCAGGUGGUAUACACUGGCAGCUAAAACUUGAUUUCUCAAAUAAUCUUCUCUUUGUGUAUGUGACCUGAGCAGGCACACAAAAUCAGGCUUGUUCAACACUAGCGUAAAAUCUAGCCCCUAAGUUGCUGAACUAAUCUCUCUCUAUUAUGUUUUCAGGGUAAUUAAAUUAAUGUAAGGGUUUGGGAGACACACGUAUCAGCAUUACUUACACAGAAUUAGACUCGGCACGUACAAGCAGUUCUUGCAGGGGAAACUGCUCAUUUGGUGCACAAUUUUUAAAGCUGCCCUAAACUAUGUUACCAUCAGAAGUAGACUGUAUUGUUUGUGUGAAGUCAUGGCUUUAGAGAAAGAAAUGGCCUCUAAGCUUUAAGAUAGCCUUCUUUAAAUUAAUGAGUAGAUGGUUAAGUGUUGAAUAAACUUACUAAUCCUCCGUAGGUAGUUUUUAGUUGCUUGAAAAAUAAGUAUCAACCCCCCGGUGUUUACACUGCAUCAGAACGUAGGCAUGUUUCUGGAAAUACUUUGGAUUCUUCUUCAUAAUAGUAUCUGAAAUUCUGGCAAGACGGAAGUAGAGCAGUUAGGGAAGUGACUUAAUUUGCAUCUGUUGAAUACAUUUAAGCUGACUUUACUUGGGUAUGGCCAAUCUCGUGGCCACAGUGUUACUGAGCUGUACCAGAUUCCAAAUACUGUAAAUCAGCACUUUAAGGUAUAGUUCUCACUCUUUGCCGAUAAAAAGUUUUGCCCUUUUUAGAAGGACAGAGUGCUAACCCAGAAGGGAGGCUAGAAGUUUCUUCAU